AUGGCUGAUAAUCUAGAAAUUAAAGAUAAUGACAGCGGUGGUAGUGGUAAAAAAAAAAAUCAAUAUUAUAUUACAAUUAGCAAUGAUGGAGAAUAUAUAGCUAGACUUGAUUGUAGUAAGGAUGAACUUGAUCCAUAUGUAAAACCUCCAGAGGAUAAUAGCAAACAGGAAAAACAAAUAAAAGAGGACGAUAGAAAACUUUUAUUUUGGUCAUUUUCUAUAUCAAAUAUGUUUUUUUUUAAUAAUAAACCAACAAUUUUAGUGGCAAUUUCAAGAGUAGUACCAAAUGAUAUGAUUAAUCGUGAUAGACCAAUUAAACACUUACUUGAUAAACUUGAGGAAUACAAAGAACUCAAAUCAGCACAUCAAAGUAUGAAAGAACUUUAUUAUCCCUUGCGUUCACAACCCUCUAGUACUGUAAUGUUUUAUAUAGAUAUAAGUGAUAUUUACAAAGAUGAUGAUAAAAGUAACAAUAACAAUCAUGAGAUUAAGAUAGAUGAAAAUGGAAUUUGUUUAACUAGUAAUAUUGGUGGAAUUGUGAAGUUUUUACCAGAAGUUGAAAAAAACAAAACAAGUCUUUUAAUAACAAAUGUAAAAGGAUUUUAUAAAUCUCUUGAUGAUUUAGAUAAACCAAAUAUUCAUUCAAGUUUAAAUUUAAAAAAAUUUCUUUUUUCACCAAAACUCAAAAAAGAUAUUGAAGUUAGGUAUAAUCAAAUACCUUGUUUGGAAAAACUUGUUUCCUGUAUUUAUAAAAACUAUUUUCUAUCUAAUCAAUAUAAAGACAGAAUCCAAACAAUGGAAUUGUAUUCAAUGUUAACAAUGGAAGCAGAACAAAGUUUUUUUACUCGUGAAGAAUUAAAAACUCGAAAAUAUGGCAUUCCUACUUAUGCAAUUUCAUUGAAUAAUCUUUUACUAGCAUUUACACGUGGAAAUAAUGAUAUUAGAAUUUAUUCUAUGGAAUCAGGUCUUUUUAUUGCUUUAAAAAGUUUGGAUAACAAAGAUGAAGUUUUAUUUCUAGAAUUUAUACAUGAUGAUGAAAGAUUAUUCAUUGUUACACGAAAUGACACUAAUUUUAAAAUCUCCAUAAAAAUUUGGGAUAUUUUUAAUUCUUCUCCUGAAGAUUUUAAAUAUGAAAUUAACAACAAUAUCAUUCCAAAAAAAUUUGAUUGUUUGAAUAUUGCAAGAUCAAAUGGGAUGAUUUUUUUUGUUAAAGAAGAUGGCAAAGUCUUAAAUGUUCUUGAAAAUAUUAAAUUCAAACAAUUCAAAGUAUUUGAAAAUGAUGAUGACAAUGAUGGAACAGAAGAAAAAUCAUUUACUAUAUUUAAAGAUUUUAAGAAAGUUGACAAAUAUUUAAAUCAUUGGUAUUGCUGUGAAGACAAUGAUGCUGAUAAACAUAAAAUAUUUGACCCUUUCAAAAAAUAUGAUGAUGUUGGCAAUUCAAAAAUUUCACUGUUAGUAGAUAAUGAGGAAAAAUGGGUUGAUGUUCAUAAAAUUAAACCAAUAGUAAAUAAUAAGGAACAAUGGGUUGGUAUAAAAAAUUAUGAAAAAACAUCUGCUUUUAUUGAUGAAAAUCAAUUAUUACAAUUAAUUAUUGGUUUAACUACUGUUCAAAUAUGGCGUAAAGUUGAUGAUGAAUCUUCAAUUCUUGAAUAUAUUUGGAUGUUUAAACAUGUUACUUGGGGUGAUAAUGAUGGGAGCAGCAAAAAAAUCCAAUGGCCUUAUCCAGAUCAAUAUGUAACACCUAUAAGACAUGCUUGUAAGGCUCUUGAGUAUCUUAAUUUUAAAAAAGAUUUAUUAGUAAGCUAUAAAAAACAACAUAGAUUUGAAGAAAUGUAUGAAUCUAUUGUAAAAAUUAUUUUGAAAUUCAUUAGAGACAAACCUGAAAUAUGGAAACUUAUGGAUACUCGUUAUGAGGUUAUGUCAAACCUUAUCAAUGGUGGAGUUAAUUCUCUUAUAAAGUAUAUUUUAUUCAGUAAAGAUCAAAUUGGAGACAAUAGCUACUUAUUAGAAUAUUAUUCCAACAAUGCUAUUGAACAUAUUGGAUGGAUGAUCACUGUUUCAACAACUUUACCUUUACUUUUCAAAUCUCAUUUAGAAGAUUAUGUGUAUGAUUUAUUUUACAAAGAAUGUUUUACUGAUAAUAACAUAGGAACAAAUUUUAAACUUUUUUUGGAUAAAGAAUUGACUGAUAAUAGCACAGAAAUAAAUUUUAAGCUUAAAGAAGAUGCUGAAAGCAACCCCCUGCAAAAUAGUGUAAAGAAAAUAGCUUUUGGAAAAGAUAAUCAAAAUAGAGCAAAUGAGACUAAAGAGAAAACUGCCCAAAAAGCUGAAGGAAAAAACAAACACAAUAGAGUACCAUUCAACAUGUGUGUAGUACCACUUCCAAAUUUCACAGUUAAUAAGAUUGAAAAGAAAAAUGUUCAAAAAAAUGUCACAACUUGUCUCAGAUGCCUUAUACUUCCUCAUAAGUAUAUUGAUAGUGAAACAGAACUUAGUACAUUUAUUCAAAUGAUCAAUUUAGAUGAAAAAGGUUUAAUUUUUGAUAAUCCAGCAAUAGAAGCUUUAAUAAAUUUUCGUUGGAGACCUGCAAAAAUAUAUUUUUCAUUACUUUUCUUUAUUUUUAUACUAUAUGCAGUUUGUUAUUGUAUAUUAGUUUGGGCCUAUACAACACAUCAAAAUAGUUCAAUUAAUCUUCGAAACUUUUUAAUUUUAGUUAUGAGUUAUUUUUAUUUUACAGGAUAUUAUCUUUUGUCAACUGAAUUCAGACAAUUAAAAUAUUCUGGAUUUAUAAAAUAUUUUUCUAGUAGAUUCAACACAUUGGAUAUUAUUGCUAUUAUUGUAUCCUUAAUUGUUGGAACAUUUAUAAUAGUUAAAUCAUUUGAAAUUGAUGAUGCAUUUGGUAGUGUUAAACCUGAUCAAGGAACAAUUGUUGUUAUAUCUUUUUCAAUGUUAAUUCUUUGGAUUGAAUUUGUAAGUGUAGGAAUUUAUAUUAGAAUCACAGAAAAGCUUUUGGGAACUGUUUGGCCAUUUUUGAUAUUUAUGCUUAUUGUUAUAUUGGCAUUUUCUCAUACAAUGUAUAUAUUGCUACAAAAUCCAAAUGAUAUAGGAUUAGUACCAAAUGUGAAUACAUAUUCUAUAAUCAAUACAACAAAUGAUCAAAUAUUAUAUAAUGAUAUAACAAUUAAAGCAGAUUUUGAUAGUGCAUCAUCAAUUGAUAAUCCAUUUUCAAACUUUUGGAGUUCAAUUCUAGCUGCAUAUUUUUGGAUUAAUGGUAACUGGAUAAAUAGGGAUACUUAUGGCAGUUAUUUUGCAGUUCAAAUUUUAUCUUUAAUUGCAAGCUUGUUAAUUGUAAGCAUUAUACAAAAUAUGUUUAUAGCUUUUAUGAGUAAUGUGUAUGAAAAAACAUUACAAGAAAGUAAACUUGAACUACUCAAGCUCCGAGCUGCUUUCAUAUCAGACUAUGGUGCUUUGGAUUUAGAUGAUGAUUUUUUAAAUCCUCCUAAACCUAGUCUGGAAUACAUUUGUUAUAGUGAUAAUAAUCUUGAUUCAUGGAAAGAAAGAACCAAAUCAAGAAGAGGCUGUUUAUAUACAAAAUAUGAAAAUGAAAAUUCUUAUAUUCAAUACAUUCUUGAAAAAAAGGAUUUUGACCAUCAAGAUGGUUCUUUAUGGCAGAUUUAUAAUAAAUUAGAUGAUUUCAAUGAUGAUGAUGUUAAUGAAAAAAUUUCAAAUUUAGAAAAAAAAAUGGAUAUCAAUAAUGGGAAAAUGGAUAUCAUAAUGUCACAAUUACAACAAUUACAACAAUUACUCAAAAAACCUUGA